AUGCCGCCAGCGCUGGGAGCACGCCGUGUCAUUGCCUGCCAGCAGUGUCACCUCCGCAAGGUCCGCUGCGACGCCCAGCGGCCCAAGUGCGGCAACUGUGUCCGGGGCCUGUUCCCUUGUUCCUAUCCGCCGGAUUCCCGACAGCACCGUGGGCAACAGCAGGCACGGCUCGAGGACAGGAUACGGCGCCUCGAGGCAGAGAACAGCACUCUCAGGCGACAGGAAGAAGAGUCAAGGUCACGCAGGAUCAGCGCACUAUUACCACAGCUCUCGCAAGAUCAACAUGGUCACGAGCAGCCACAGCAGCAACAUCACCAGCAGAGCGAUGUUGCCAGCCAGGUCAUCCACUUGUCACUAAGUGCUGGAGGUGGAAGGACAUACGUCGGCUCAACAAGCGGCUUGUUUCUAGCGAACCUGCUACAACCGCACACGCAACAGCAGAGCCCCGCGCAGCACCGUGGAAGUGGCCUGUCGCCAUCAUCGAUACUGAUUCACUCCUUGCCAGCAGAAUCUCUUGCCAGAGAAAUCAAGGAUGCCUACGCUGCCCACGACCAUCUGAUCUACCCAAUCAUCCCAUUACGAGCGAUGGACAGGGCUUUUGACACUGUGUACAACCACCACGACCCGAGUCCACAGCAAUCCUUUGACGGCUUCGUUGUCGAUAUGGUGUUGGCCAUUGGCACAGCCCAGUUGUCCAAGCUCAACUGGAACGGCGUCUCGGACGCCGAAGUCCACUACAACCGGGCCAUGAGCAAGGCCAAUCCAAUACUCGCGAGCGGUGGCCUCCCCGCGCUGCAGGCCAUCCUGCUGAUAUGCCAUUACCGGAUGGGUACCAGCUCACACGAUACGACCAACAGCGUGUGGCAUUUAGUGGGAGUGGCGGCGAGGACUUGCUAUGAGCUUGGUCUCCACAAGAACGCAACUUACCAGCAGCUCAAGGCUGAUAUCCGGGCUGACGCUGACCAGUACACGGCCAGUAAGGAACGAGAAGAGCAGAUCGAGGCUAGGUUCAACUGCUUCUGGUGUACAGUCGCGUUGGACCGGGUCGCGAGUUUGACACUAGGCCGCCCUCUGGCCAUGCAGCUGGAAGAUAUCGACGUUGACCUGAUGGCAUUGCAAAGAGACCAAUUUUUCACGCAAGCACCGGAAAUUGCGAGAACGCCAGCCGAGUCCAGAUCAGUGUCGGUGCCUGCAGCCGAGGAGAAAGUUAGGCGUUCCAUCUUCACACACAUUGUCAAGUACCGUGUCAUCUGCGGCAAGGUCCUCAAUGCUCUGCACAGGAGCACGUCAGACGACCUCCGAAGUCCCAGCGUCGACUACACCCACAUCAGAGACCAGCUGGCCCAGGAACUUCAAGCCUGGCACGCAGAUACCGCGAGUGCCGUGCUGGUUGCACCGUCAUCAGCCAUUGUUGACUCCAUCGCAACGCCAGCGACCCCAGCCACGACAACCUCGACGUCCUCUCGCACCGAGUCACUCUCCAGCUUCCGCUCGACAGAGUGGUACGAUCUGCUCUACCACAACGGCAACCUGAUGCUCUUCCGCCCUUCGCCGUCCAUCCCAGACACCACGGCGCGCAACAACAGCACUGCCCUCCAGCGCACGUUCGACUCGUCCCGUGCGGCCAUCACGCUGUACGCCAGCCUCCACCAGACACGCAAGAUCAACUACUCGUGGGUGACGCUGCACUCUGUUUUCAUGGCGGGGCUUUCGUAUAUCUAUGCCUUGAGGACGCAUUUCCAGCAUGCUCGACAGCGAAGUCAGUCUCAGGGGCAAAGGGAGAAGUCUGUUCUUGCGGCGGCCCCCUCGAUCAUCCAGGUCGUCAAUGACACGCGGGCGUGCUCCAAGGUUCUCGUUGCCGUGUCGGAGCGCUGGGCCAGCACGACGCGGAACUGCUCCGAGGUGUUUGACAAGCUGAGCGACGCGGUGGUUGCGGAUGUCGUGGAGGCGCAGACGAGGAGUGUAGUCGCUGCUGGGGCGGCGUCGACGAGUGUGUCCUCUGCUUCUGCUUCCACUGCGGCGUCUGUGAACGGCCGUAACUACGCACAGCAGCAAGGCUAUGAAAUGUUCAACAUGACGGUUGACAACACGCUGCGCGACUGUUACACGGAUAUCCAGAAUCUGUUCUAUGACCAGUCGCAGAACGACGCCAUCGCGCGACUGUCGCAGGACUGGCUGUUUGGCAUCGAGGAGGUGACCCACCGGCCGUAA